ACAAAUGGCUGUUUCGUAGCCUUCCUUCCUUUCAACCGUGCGCUAUAGAAAAAAGGAACGCCGGAGCAGAGGUUUUGUGGAUGGAUGGUGGGCUUUUGCGCCUGCGCAGUUGGUCAAAUGCUCUGUUGGCUCUGGCUCGGCUUGGCCGGUAGUUUUCUCACCGUGUUGCUGGUGUUGCGAGUCCCGCGGCUGAAGGCUCCAACGGGGUCCGCCUCGUUUGGCUUUCCAAUAUGUUUCCAGGAUCUGCUACGUUACGGGAAGACCAAGGGCGGCUGCGGGGAGCGUCCUGCCUGGCUGAAGACCUUCGAUGUACCGAAGAGGUGGUUCUAUCACUUCUAUAUUUUGUCCGUCCUCUGGAAUGGCUUCCUGCUACAGUCGCUUAUCCAGAGCUUGUUUCUGUCAUGGCCCUUCACCAUUUGGCUUCAGAACUUGCUCGACAUUCUUGAUGGAACAUGGCAGAACCAGAAUAUGGAUGCGCACAUUACUGGGCAUGAUAGUGAGACUCUGUCUGCUCUCCUGGUGUGUCUUUUCAUCUGGUUAAACAGCUGCAGACGGUUAUGGGAAUGCCUUUAUAUCAGUGUCUUCUCUGGAGGUGCCAUUCAUAUUGUACAGUAUUGCUUUGGGCACUGUUACUAUGUUCUCUUGGGUUUAACAGUUAUGUGUCAAGUGCCAACUGAGGUCAGAGAAGGAAAAGGCUCUCGGCUGACAAUCAGCUGGUACCACAUACUGGGACUCCUGAUGUUUAUAUGGGCUUCUGUCCAUCAACAUAGAUGCCAUGUGAUUUUAGCUAACCUUAGAAAAACUAAAUCAGGUAAGAGAUUUUGUUGCUUUGUUAUCACAGGAUUUGACACUAUCAUCUACAGUCAACCUCAUACAGUACUGGAAACAUUCAGGCCCAAACUAAAAAUGACAAAAUAAAAUCAGGCAUGUGUUUCUUUAACUGCGUGUCCCGCUCAUGUGCAAAGUAGCUAGGAGUUCAAUUUAAAGAUUUUUGUGGUGUGAGGAUGAGAGACAAUGAAUCUUCUUUUCCAUCUACACCACUGUAUCUCUGCCUCUCCUGCUGGCAGAGUCUAUUUUCAUAGCUAGGCUGUUAGGUGAAAUCUGGCCAAGGAAAAAGUGAUAUUUGGGAAAAGGAAUCAAGUUGUGAAUGGUGAAAAUGUCCAUCACUGCUUGCUGUGUCCUUCUUUUGCUCUCUAAGCGAAAACCUGUAGUUAAUUUUAGAAAUGAUCAGAGUGUCUCUAUUGCUGUUAUGUGUAGUUUGGGCUAGAAGGCCUGUUAAAUAUCAUAGGAUCGUAGAAUAGUGAAGUCGGAAGGGGCUUUUGAGGCCAUCAAGUCCAACCCCCUGGUCAAUGCAGGAAUACAAAUCAAAGGAUACCUGUGAGCUGCUUGUCUCAUAUGUUUCUCUUGAAUAUACAUUAUUUGGAGUUGUGAAUUCAGUCUAGAGUGGUGAUGGGUAAUCCUCAAAUAUAUUUUGAUCAUGAUCAAAAGCACCCUCUUUCUAUGGUCCAGAACUCUUAAGAGUGAAUCCUGGUGUUCUCUCACACUGAGCUUUUUUUGAGGAUACAUUCCCAUUAAAAAACAAACAAACCAAAAGUAGAUUUUGCUGAGGAGCACUCCUAGAAAACAGGGAAGUGAAAACUGCAUCAGGCAGUGGCUUCAUUAAAUUUCUGUUUUUCCUUUGGUCAACUUGCCCUUGUGCCUAUGGUUCCAGGCUGUCUGUUGCUCUGAACUAAAUGCCUAUACUUAAUGGGAACAAAGUGAUAUUUUAUUCAUCUACACAUUUAGCCCACAUUUCCUGCACCUAAAUAUGCUCAAGGCUGCUAUAAAACACAUAUUAAAAACAAUCCCAAUUAAAAUUUAAUAUAACAACAAAGAAGUUAAAUUCACAACAAUAGAAGACAUAGAUAAUAGCUAACCAGGUAGACUCCUUUCAGCCAAAGACCUGUUUGAAUAAAAAUGUCCUUCCAUGCCAGUAGAAGAGCAAGAAAGAGAAAGGAGGCAUACCCUACCGUGGCAAGGAGUAGCUGAGACUAUGAUAGGCUACUGGGAAAAUCUCUAGUGUCACACUUGACAUGCCUCCAAUGGUGAUGAGAGCAAGAAAAGCCCCCCCCCCAACAAUUUGUGAAUUUUGUUGUAUGGGUAUACUGUGUAUAUACUUACAAUGACAAUAAAUUAUUAUUAUUAUUAUUAAUUUUGAAGCCCAAACUGAAGGGAGAACUCAAUCAUUGACAUAGCCUAGUUCCAAGUUAUAUAGUGCUUUAGAGGUAACCAGCUGUCAUUUGAAUUGUGCCUAGAAAUACAUCUAACAAAUUGUCCUCUGAGUCCUAGCAUCUACACAUUGCAACGGUAUUGCCUUUGAAAAAGCUGACUGC